CUCAGAGACGGUCGAGCUUCUCCUCGCCGACUUCCAGGGACACAGCCUUGACCUCAGUGACGUCUCCAUCGCGACGACCUGAGGCGUUGGCCUCCGUCAGCAUUGAUGACAUCCCUGGUCGCGACAGCGAGGUUGGGCUGCCAAUCAACAGUCCUGGCAUGCGAAGUUCUGCCUCCAUGUGGAGCACCAGCGACCUACAGCGGAGUACCUGCGCAGCUUCCAAGACCGAACCUGACAGCAUGUCCCGGGUGGGCGCCAGUAGCCUGUCAAACGUCAGCGAAACGUUCAGUGAACGAAUGCACGAGCUGGUCCGGGCCUUCUCCAACAGGACCCAGAAAACCAAAGAGAAGAUCUCCCAGCCGCCCACACCGUCAUCAGAAUCUGACAACGACGCCAAAUCCG